AUGAAGCAAUUUCCAUAUUCUCGCAUUUAUAAACGUCAAACCACCGUCGCCUACCUUCAACUUGACUCGAAACUCGACUCGGCAAAACUUUCACCGAACGCGACGCUUACUUUUAUUGAUGAUGCUCGCGAAGAAUUCUCGAGAAAAGUGCAAACUUUUGCUUUUCAAUUCCUCCUUAUCGCUGGCUCAUGGUUUUUCUUGCAAUUCUUAUCAGUGAUGAUGUGUGAGAUUGUUUCCGAGAGAAUUCGUUUCGGGAUCAGAGCGAAAUAUUUUGAGGCUUUGCUUCACAGAGAAAUCACGUGGUUUGACUUGAACGAUGCCGGUACCGUAUCGACUGCACUUUUGGAGUCAACAAAUCGCAUAAAAGACGGGAAUGUCUCUUUCAUCGUAAAACAAUAUGCAAAAGCGGGGAGUAUCGUAGAAGAAGCUCUUCGUCAAAUCAGAACAGUGCUCGCUUUCAAUGGACAGAGUUAUGAAAUCAAAAGAUACCGUAGCGCGCUCGAAGAGGCGACAAAGAACGAGAUUUGGAACGCUUUUCAAAGUGGUCUUGGCUUGGUCACAUUGUACACAACAAUGAACUUUGUCUAUUUUACUAUUUUCUGGAUUGCAACCGAAUUUGUCUAUUUCGGAUAUGUGGACGCGAAAGAAGUGAUAACGGCUGAAAUCGAUUCCAAGAAGCCUCGAAAGAAUCAAAAACCGUUUGUGAAUGGGAAGAUCACUUUUGAUAGCGUCAAAUUUUCCUACCCAAGAAGACCCGAUGUCGAAGUGUUAAAAAAAUUGUCUUUCACUUGUGAACCCGGUGAGAAAGUGGCUCUUGUCGGCGGGUCCGGAGCCGGGAAAUCAACGAUUUUUGGGCUCUUGAUGCGAUUUUACAAUCCGGAAAAGGGACAAAUAAAAAUUGAUGAUGUCGACAUUGGGGAUUUUGAAGAGGAAUAUCUGCGAUCAGAGAUAGGAAUUGUGAGACAAGAACCCGUGCUCUUUGAUGCAACAAUUCGACAAAACCUUCACAACGCCAAACAAGAUGCCAGCGAAGCGGAGAUGUUAGAAGCACUCGAUCAAGCGAAUGCCUUAAAAUUUGUACGCGAACUGCCACAGGGUCUUGAUACCAGGGUUGGCUCCAGGGGAAGUCAGCUAUCAGGCGGUCAAAAGCAAAGGAUUGCAAUCGCGAGAAUGCUGUUGAGAAACCCUCGAAUCCUUCUUUUGGAUGAGGCGACGAGCGCGUUGGACAACGAGAAUGAGAGGGCUGUUCAGGAGGCUUUGGAAAAGGCUUAUUUCGGGCGCACUACUUUGAUCAUUGCUCAUCGAUUGUCGACGAUUCGAAGCGCCGAGAAAAUUCUCGUACUCAAAGAUGGGCAUGCAAUCGAAGCCGGCACUCAUCAAAGUCUUCUCGCAGAGAAAGGUCAUUACUAUGACCUUGUCAAUGCGCAACUCUUCAAUCGACCGAAGAAAGAAGCUUCUCCCAAAGCAGGGACUUUUCCAACAAAAGAUCAAAUCUAUUCCACGCAAGUAUCGGUGGAAAAUGUAAAAAUGAGAAGAGCAUCGAUUAAGGAAACGGAGAAACCGACUUUUUUCUUCUGGGAUCUCUAUAAUUUGCUUGAUCGAAAAACGAAAGGCAUUUUCAUUUUAGCGAUUUUCUUUGGAUUGACUGAGGGAAUCGUUCCACCGAUCUAUGGCCUUAUCUUUGCGCAACAAGAAAUGGGUUUGGUCGACUUAGAUCCGGAACGAAUGAGAGCAAAGGGACAUGCUGCAGCUUGGAAUUGGAUUUAUCUCUGCUGCUUCGAGGGUUUCAGAAUAGUGCCAAUGGCAAUUUGCUUCAGCAUUGCCUCGUGUCGUUUGGCGGAGAAGAUUCGUGCGAAGAUCUUCGAAAAUGUUUUGAAUCAAAACGGGAAAUUCCACGAUGCUGCGGAGAACUCGUCGGGAAAAUUGACGGCUUUGUUGGCAUCAGAUGCGGUCGCAGUUAGACUGGCUUUCGGUGAACCACUUGGUGAACUUUGCAAAGGAAGCGUUGCCGCCAUUCUCGGUCUAUUUAUCGGUUUUUAUCUCAACUGGCAGACAACUUUAUUAAUGCUAAUCAUUGUCCCAAUGGCCAGCUUUCAUGGGAUCACGUUGAGAAAACUUUUACUUACAUAUCAUAGAGAAGAGUCAUCGAUGAAUGUGAAUAGCAGUGAACUGUUAUCCGAAGCUUUGGCUAAUAUUAAGACUGUACAAUGUUUGAACUUGCAAAAGCCACUCUUGGAGACUUAUUGUGAGAAAUUGGAGAAACGAGUGCAGACCGGGCAGAAGAGAGCAAAGAUCAGGGCUUUCAUUAACGCCGUGAAUGCGAUGAUGAACGCGUGGAUCAACUCACUCAAACAGGGAUUCGCUUCUUGGCUCAGCGCUUGGGAUUCGACUUUCGAUCCGAUCAGCGUGAUGAGAACCCAAUUCUCGUUGACAAAUGUGGUGGUGGAUCUGAAAAGCGCCACCGGCUACAUCGAUACCCAUUCGAAAGCGCAAGUUUCAUUGGAAAACAUCGGUCGUUUGUUGGAACUAAAGCCUGAAAUCGAUAACGAACUUGAUCAAAACCUUAAUUGGGGCAAAAUUGAGUUCAAAAACGUGAGCUUUACCUAUCCAGAGCAACCGGAGGAGUUGGUGCUGAAAAAUGUAUCCUUCACGAUCGAGUCCGGUGAGAAAAUCGGAGUUGUCGGCCGAUCGGGCAGCGGGAAGAGCACCAUCGUGGCGUUGUUGCAACGCAUUUACUCCACGAAAAAUGGAUCGGUUCUCAUCGACGGAACGAAAAUCUCCAAAGUUCCCCUUCACUAUUUGCGCAGUCAAAUUGCCGUCGUAUCGCAAGAGCCAACGCUUUUUGAUGACACGAUUUUUAACAAUAUCGGCUACGGUCUAAAUCUGGAGCUUUUAUCGAUGAAAUCUGUCAUCGAGGUAGCUAAAGUAGCGGGCAUUCACGAGUUCAUCACCACUCUGCCUGAUGGUUACGAGACAAAAGUCGGCGCUCUUGGAUCCCAGCUUUCUGGCGGUCAAAAGCAACGAAUAGCGAUUGCGAGAGCUUUGGUGAGAAAGCCGAAAAUUCUGAUUUUCGAUGAAGCGACAAGUGCGCUGGAUUCGGAAACGGAAAAGUCUGUCCAAGCAUCGAUUGAUUUGGCUGCUCAUGGUACAACUUGUAUAACAAUCGCUCAUCGUCUGGCCUCGAUCAAGAACUGCGACCGAAUUCUCGUUUUUGAGAAGGGAAAGCUGGUGGAAGAAGGCAACCACGACACUCUUCUCAACACUCAAGGAAUCUACGCUCGUUUGGCCACGCUCAAUGAUCACAAUUUA